AUGCGGAAGGAGCUGGGCAUUGCGCCUUUCUGCCCUGGCAUGAAGAGCCCCAGGCCCCUACUCCUGCGACCAUUGUUGCUGCUACAGCUGCUGCUGCUGGGGGCUGGGGUGCCAGGCGCCUGGGGUCAGGCUGGGAGCCUGGACCUGCUGAUCGAUGAGGAGCAGCCAGCAGGCACAUUAAUUGGGGACAUCAGUGCAGGGCUUCCAGCAGGCACAGCAGCACCUCCCAUGUACUUUAUCUCUGCCCAGGAGGGCAGCGGCGUGGGCACGGACCUGGCCAUUGAUGAACACAGUGGGGUUGUCCGUACAGCCCGUGUCUUGGACCGUGAGCGGCGGGACCGCUACCGUUUCACUGCAGUCACUCCUGACGGUGCUACCGUGGAAGUUACAGUGCGAGUGGCUGACAUCAAUGACCACGCUCCAGCCUUCCCACAGGCUCAGGCUGCACUGCAGGUACCUGAGCAUAUAGCUCUUGGAACCCGUUACCCGCUGCAGCCUGCUCAUGAUGCAGAUGCUGGCCACCUAGGAACCCAGGGCUAUGCGCUCUCUGGUGAUGGGGCUGGAGAGACCUUCCAGUUGGAGACACGUCCUGGCCCUGACGGGGCUCCAGUGCCUGAGCUGGUAGUUACUGGGGAGCUGGACCGAGAGAACCGCUCACACUACAUGUUGCAGCUGGAGGCCUAUGAUGGCGGUUCGCCCCCACGGAGGGCCCAGGCCCUGCUGGAGGUGACACUGCUGGACAUCAAUGACCAUGCCCCUGCUUUCAAUCAGAGCCGCUACCACACUGAGGUUUCUGAGAGCCUGGCCCCUGGCAGUCCUGUCUUGCAGGUGUUUGCAUCUGAUGCUGAUGCUGGUGCCAAUGGAGCUGUGACUUAUGAGAUCAAUCGGAGGCAGAGUGAGGGUGAUGGACCCUUUUCCAUUGAUGCACACUCAGGACUGCUGCGCCUGGAGCGGCCACUGGACUUUGAGCAACGGCGGGUCCAUGAACUGGUGGUGCAAGCACGGGAUGGUGGAGCACACCCUGAGCUGGGCUCGGCCUUUGUGACUGUGCACGUGAGAGAUGCAAAUGACAAUCAACCCUCCAUGACUGUCAUCUUCCUGAGUGCAGACGGCUCCCCCCGAGUGUCUGAGGCUGCUCCACCUGGACAGCUAGUUGCCCGUAUCUCCGUGUCAGACCCAGAUGAUGGGGACUUUGCCCAUGUCAACGUGUCCCUGGAGGGUGGAGAAGGCCACUUUGCCCUAAGCACCCAAGACAGCGUCAUUUACCUGGUAUGCGUGGCUCGGCGGCUGGAUCGGGAGGAGAGGGAUGUCUAUAACUUGCGGGUUACAGCCACAGACUCAGGCUCACCCCCUUUGCGAGCUGAGGCUGCCUUUGUGCUGCACAUCACUGAUGUCAAUGACAAUGUGCCUGUCUUUGACCGCCAGCUCUACCGACCCGAGCCCCUGCCUGAGGUUGCGCUGCCUGGCAGCUUUGUGGUGCGGGUGACUGCCCGGGAUCCUGACCAAGGCACCAAUGGUCAGGUCACCUAUACCCUGGCUCCCGGUGCUCACACCCACUGGUUCUCCAUUGACCCCACCUCAGGCAUCAUCACCACGGCUGCCUUGCUGGACUAUGAGUUGGAACCUCAGCCACAGCUGAUUGUGGUGGCCACAGAUGGAGGCCUGCCCCCUCUAGCCUCCUCUGCCACAGUUAGCGUGGCCCUGCAGGAUGUGAAUGAUAAUGAGCCCCAGUUCCAAAGAACUUUCUACAAUGCCUCGCUGCCUGAGGGUACCCAGCCUGGAACCUGCUUCCUGCAGGUGACGGCCACAGAUGCGGAUAGUGGCCCAUUUGGCCUCCUCUCCUAUUCCUUGGGUGCUGGACUUGGGGCCUCUGGGUCUCCCCCAUUCCGCAUUGAUGCCCACAGUGGUGAUGUGUGCACGACCCGGACCCUGGACCGAGACCAUGGGCCCCCGAGCUUCGACUUCACAGUGACUGCUGUGGAUGGGGGAGGCCUCAAGUCCAUGGUGUAUGUGAAGGUGUUUGUGUCAGAUGAGAAUGACAACCCACCUCAGUUUUAUCCACGGGAAUAUGCUGCCAGUCUGAGUGCCCAGAGUACACCAGGCACAGCUGUGCUGAGGGUGCGUGCCCAUGAUCCUGACCAAGGGCCCCAUGGGCGACUCUCCUACCACAUCCUGGCUGGCAAUAGCCCCCCACUUUUUGCCUUGGAUGAGCACUCAGGGCUGUUGACAGUAGCCUGGCCCUUAGCAAGAUGGGCCAACUCUGUGGUGCAGCUGGAGAUCGGGGCUCAGGAUGGAGGUGGUCUGCAGGCAGAACCCAGUGCCCGAGUCAACAUCAGCAUUAUUCCUGGAACCCCCACACCACCCAUAUUUGAGCAACUACAGUAUGUUUUUUCUGUGCCAGAGGAUGUGGCACCAGGAACCAGUGUGGGCAUUGUCCAGGCACACAACCCACCAGGUCGCUUGGGGCCGGUGAUCCUCACCCUAGCAGGCGGGGAUCCCAAGGGACUCUUCUCUCUAGAUGCAGUCUCAGGGCUGUUACAAACACUUCACCCUCUGGACCGGGAGCUGCUGGGACCAGCACUUGAGCUGGAGGUGCGAGCAGGAAGUGGCAUGCCCCCAGCUUUUGCUGUAGCUCGGGUGCGUGUGCUGCUGGAUGAUGUGAAUGACAACUCCCCGGCCUUCCCUGCACCUGAAGACACGGUAUUGCUGCCACCAAACACUGGCCCUGGGACUCCUAUCUAUACACUGCGAGCUUUGGAUCCCGACUCAGGUGUUAACAGUCGUGUCACCUUUACUCUGCUUGCCGGGGGUGGUGGGGCCUUCACGGUGGACCCCACCACAGGCCAUGUACGGCUUAUGGGACCUCUGGGGCCUCCAGGAGGGCCAGCCUAUGAGCUGGAGCUGGAGGCCCGGGAUGGGGGCUCCCCACCACGCACCAGCCACUUUCGACUGCGGGUGGUGGUUCAGGACUUGGGGACCCGUGGGCUGGCUCCUCGGUUUGACAGCCUUACCUACCGUGUGGACCUGCCCUCAGGCACCACCCCUGGAACUCAGGUCCUGCAAGUGCAGGCCCAGGCACCAGAUGGGAGCCCUAUCACCUAUCACCUUGCAGCAGAUGGAGCAAGUAGCCCCUUUGGCCUGGAACCACAGAGUGGGUGGCUAUGGGUACGGGCAGCGCUGGACCGUGAGUCCCAGGAGUUAUAUACACUGAAGGUAAUGGCAGUGUCUGGGUCCAAACCUGAGUUGGGACAGCAGACAGGCACAGCCACCGUGAGGGUCAGCAUCCUCAACCAAAAUGACUACAGUCCCCGCUUGUCUGAGGAGCCCACUUUCCUGGCUGUGGCUGAGAACCAGCCCCCAGGGAGCAGUGUGGGCCGGGUCUUUGCCACUGACCGAGACUCCGGGCCCAAUGGACGUCUGACCUACAGCCUGCGACAGCUGUCAGAAGACAGCAAGGCCUUCCGCAUCCACCCCCAGACUGGAGAAGUGACCACUCUCCAAACCCUGGACCGUGAGCAGCAGAGCAGCUACCAGCUCCUGGUGCAGGUGCAGGACGGAGGAAGCCCACCUCGCAGCACAACAGGCACCGUGCAUAUUGUAGUGCUCGACCUCAAUGACAACAGCCCCACCUUCCUGCAGGCUUCAGGGGCUGCUGGUGGGGGCCUCCCUAUACAGGUACCAGACCGUGUGCCUCCAGGAACACUGGUGACGACUCUUCAGGCCAAGGAUCCAGAUGAAGGGGAGAACGGGACCAUCUUGUACACGCUAACUGGUCCUGGCUCAGAGCUCUUCUCUCUACACCCUCACUCUGGGGAGCUGCUCACUGCAGCACCUCUGAUCCGAGCAGAGCGGCCCCACUAUGUGUUGACACUGAGUGCUCAUGACCAAGGCAGCCCCCCUCGAAGUGCCAGUCUCCAGCUGCUGGUGCAGGUGCUUCCCUCAGCUCGUUUAGCCGAGUUGCCGCCGGAUUUUUCAGAACCGGACCCGACGGCGCCAGUGCCUGUCGUGCUGACGGUGACAGCAGCCGAGGGGCUUCGGCCUGGCUCCCUGCUGGGCUCGGUGGCGCCCGACGUGCGCUAUCGUCUGCUGCGCCAGGAGCCGCCAGUGCCCGCCCUUCGCUUGGACGCGCGCACCGGGGCGCUCAGCGCUCCGCGCGGCCUGGACCGGGAGACCACGCCCGCGCUGCUGCUGCUUGUGGAAGCCACCGACCGGCCAGCUAACGCCAGCUGCCGGCGCGCAGCGCGCGUUUCCGCCCGCGUCUUUGUCACGGACGAGAAUGACAACGCUCCCGUCUUCGUCUCGCCCUCUCGUGUGCGCCUCCCGGAGGAUCAGCCGCCUGGGCCCGCAGCGCUGCACGUGGUAGCCCGAGACCCAGACCUGGGCGAGUCCGCACGCGUGUCCUAUCGCCUGGCCGCUGGCGGGGACGGUCACUUCCGGCUACACUCGAGCACUGGAGCGCUGUCCGUGGUGCGGGCCCUGGACCGCGAACAGCGAGCUGAGCACGUACUGACCGUGGUGGCCUCAGACCACGGCUCCCCUCCGCGCUCGGCCACGCAGCUCCUGACUGUCAGUGUCGCUGAUGUCAACGACGAGGCACCCAUUUUCCAGCAGCAGGAGUACAGCGUCCUCUUGCCUGAGAACAGCCCGCCUGGCACAUCUCUGCUCACUCUGCGGGCAACUGACCCCGACCUGGGGGCCAAUGGGCAAGUGACUUAUGGAGGCGUCUCUGGCGAAAGCUUCUCUCUGGACCCAGACACUGGAGUUCUCACCACUCUUCGGGCCCUGGAUAGGGAAGAGCAGGAGGAGAUCAACCUGACAGUGUAUGCCCGGGACAGGGGCUUGCCUUCUCUAUUAACGCAUGUCAUAGUGCGAGUGGCUGUGGAGGAUGAGAAUGACCAUGCACCAACCUUUGGAAGUGCCCACCUCUCCCUGGAGGUUCCCGAGGGUCAGGACCCCCAGACCCUUAUCAUGCUUCGGGCCUCUGACCCAGAUGUUGGACCCAAUGGGCAGCUGCAGUACCGUAUCCUGGAUGGGGACCCAUCAGGAGCCUUUAUCCUAGAUCUUGCCUCUGGAGAGUUUGGCACCAUGAGGCCACUAGACAGGGAGAUAGAGCCAGCAUUCAAGCUUCAGAUAGAGGCCAGAGAUGGAGGCCAGCCAGCUCUCAGUGCCACUUUGCUUGUGACAGUGACAGUGCUGGAUGCCAAUGACCAUGCUCCAGCCUUUCCUGUGCCCGCCUACUCUGUGGAGGUGCCUGAAGAUGUACCUGCAGGGACCCUGCUGCUGCAGCUACAGGCUCACGACCCUGAUGCUGGGGCCAAUGGCCAUGUGACCUACUACCUGGGUACAGGUACAGCAGGAGCCUUCUUACUGGAGCCCAGCUCUGGGGAGCUACGCACAGCUGUGGCCCUGGACAGAGAACAGUGUGCCAGCUAUGCCUUUUCUGUGAGUGCGGUGGAUGGUGCAGCUGCUGGGCCCCUAAGCACCACGGUGCCUGUCACCAUCACUGUGCGUGAUGUCAAUGACCAUGCACCGACCUUCCCCACCAGUCCUCUGCGCCUGCGCUUGCCCCGCCCAGGCUCCAGCCUCAAUACCCCAACACUGGCUCUAGCCACACUGCGAGCUGAAGAUCGUGAUGCUGGUGCCAAUGCCUCCAUUCUGUACCGGCUGGCAGGCACUCCACCUCCUGGCACCACUGUGGACUCUUACACUGGUGAAAUCCGUGUGGCCCGGUCCCCCGUAGCUCUGGGUCCCCGGGAUCGUGUCCUCUUCAUCGUUGCCACUGACCUUGGCCGUCCAGCUCGCUCUGCCACUGGUGUGAUCAUUGUUGGACUGCAGGGGGAGUCUGAACGUGGACCCCGCUUUCCCCGGGCUAGUAAUGAGGCUAUGCUCCGUGAGAAUGCACCCCCAGGGACACCUAUUGUCUCCCCCAAGGCUGUCCAUGCAGGUGGCUCAAGUGGACUGAUCACUUAUAGCAUUCUCAGUGGGAAUGAGAAAGGGACAUUCUCCAUCCAGCCCAGUACAGGAGCCAUCACAGUUCGUUCAGCAGAGGGGCUGGACUUUGAGGCAAAUCCACGGCUGCGACUAGUGCUGCAGGCAGAGAGUGGAGGAGCCUUUGCCUUCUCUGUGUUGAUCGUGACCCUGCAAGAUGCCAAUGACAACGCUCCCCGUUUCCUGCAGCCCCACUAUGUGGCCUUCCUUCCUGAAUCCCGGCCCUUGGAGGGACCCCUGCUGCAGGUGGAAGCAAAUGACCUGGAUCAAGGCUCUGGAGGACAGAUCUCCUACAGUCUGGCUGCAUCCCAGCCAGCGCGGGGAUUGUUCCACGUAGACCCAGCCACAGGCACUAUCACUACCACAGCCAUCCUGGACCGUGAGAUCUGGGCCGAAACACGGCUGGUUCUGAUGGCCACAGACAGAGGAAGCCCAGCCCUGGUGGGCUCAGCUACCCUGACGGUGAUGGUCAUCGACACCAAUGACAAUCGUCCCACCAUCCCCCAGCCCUGGGAGCUCCGAGUGUCAGAAGAUGCACUAUUGGGCUCAGAGAUUGCACAGGUAACAGGGAAUGAUGUGGACUCAGGACCAGUGCUGUGGUAUGCACUGAGUCCAUCUGGGCCCCAGGAUCCCUUCAGUGUUGGCCGCUAUGGAGGCCGCAUCUCCCUCAUGGGCCCCCUGGACUUUGAACAAUGUGACCGCUACCACCUGCAGCUGCUGGCGCAUGAUGGGCCUCAUGAGGGCCAUGCCAACCUCACGGUGCUUGUGGAGGAUGUCAAUGACAAUGCACCUGCCUUCUCACAGAGCCUCUACCAGGUGAUGCUUCUUGAGCACACACCCCCAGGCAGUGCCAUUCUCUCCGUCUCUGCCACUGACCAGGACUCGGGUGCCAAUGGUCACAUCUCCUACCACCUGGCUUCCCCUGCUGAGGGCUUCAGUGUUGACCCCAACAAUGGGACCUUGUUCACAACAGUAGGAACAGUGGCCUUGGGCCAUGAGAGUCCAGGAGUGGUAGAUGUGGUGCUGGAAGCACGAGACCAUGGGGCUCCAGGCCGCGCAGCACAAGCCACUGUGCAUGUGCAACUGCAGGACCAGAAUGACCACGCCCCUAGCUUCACAUUGCCACACUACCGUGUGUCUGUGACUGAGGAUCUGUCCCCUGGUUCCACCCUGCUCACCCUGGAGGCUACAGAUGCGGAUGGAAGCCGCACCCAUGCCGCCGUGGACUACAGCAUCAUCAGUGGCAACCGGGGCCGAGUCUUCCAGCUGGAACCCCGGCUGGCUGAGUCUGCAGAAGGUGUUGGACCAGGCCCCCAGGUGCUGGGCUGCCUGGUGUUGCUUGAACCUCUAGACUUUGAAAGCCUGACACAGUACAAUCUAACUGUGGCUGCAGCUGACCGGGGGCAUCCACCCCGCAGCUCAGCUGUGCCGGUCACUAUCACUAUACUGGAUGUCAAUGAUAACCCACCUGUCUUUACCCAAACAUCCUACCACGUGGCAGUACCCGAGGACACACCUGUUGGAGCCGAGCUGCUGCAUGUGGAGGCCUCUGACGCUGACCCUGGCCUUAAUGGCCUUGUGCGUUUCACCCUCAGUUCAGGUGACCCUUUGGGGAUCUUUGAGCUGGAUGAGAGCUCAGGUGCCUUGCGACUGGCACACCCCCUGGACUGUGAGACCCAGUCUCGACAUCAGCUUGUAGUGCAGGCUGCCAACCCUUCUGGGGCACACUUUGCUUUGGCACCAGUGACAAUUGAGGUCCAGGAUGUGAAUGAUCAUGGUCCAGUCUUCCCACUGAACCUGCUCAGCACCAGCCUGGCCGAGAACCAGCCUCCAGGCACUCUUGUGACCACUCUGCAUGCAAUUGAUGGGGAUGCUGGGGCUUUUGGGAGGCUCCGCUACAGCCUGUUGGAGGCUGGGCCAGGGCCUGAGAGCCGUGAGGCAUUUGCUCUGAACAGCUCAACUGGGGAGUUGCGGGCCCGUGGGCCCUUUGACUAUGAGCACACAGGAAGCUUCCGUCUGCUGGUGGGUGCUGCCGACAAAGGGAAUCUCUCAGCCUCUGUCACUGUGUCAGUACUGGUGACUGGAGAGGAUGAGUAUGACCCUGUCUUCCUGGCUCCAGCUUUCCACUUCCAAGUGCCAGAAGGUGCCAGGCGUGGCCACAACCUUGGUCACGUGCAGGCCACAGAUGAGGAUGGUGGUGCUGACGGCCUGGUGCUCUAUUCCCUUGCCACCUCGUCCCCUUAUUUUGGUAUCAACCAGACUACAGGUGCCCUGUACCUGAGGGUGGACAGUCGGGCACCAGGCAGCGGAACGGCCACCUCUGGGAGUGGGGGCCGGACCCGACGUGAGACACCACGAGAGCUGAGGCUGGAAGUGGUAGCACGGGGGCCUCUUCCUGGUUCCCGGAGUGCCACAGUGCCUGUGACUGUGGAUAUCACCCACACUGCACUGGGCCUGGCACCUGACCUCAACCUGCUAUUGGUGGGGGCUGUGGCCGCCUCCUUGGGAGUUGUGGUGGUACUUGCACUGGCAGCCCUGGUCCUAGGGCUCGUUCGGGCCCGUAGCCGCAAGGCUGAGGCAGCCCCUGGCCCAAUGUCUCAGGCAGCACCCCUAGCCAGCGGCUCCAUGCAGAAGCUGGGCCGGGAGCCACCCAGUCCACCACCCUCAGAGCACCUGUAUCACCAGACUCUCCCCAGCUAUGGUGGGCCAGGAGCUGGAGGACCCUACCCCCGUGGUGGCUCCCUGGACCCUUCACAUUCAAGUGGCCGAGGCUCAGCAGAGGCUGCGGAGGAUGAUGAGAUCCGCAUGAUCAACGAGUUCCCCCGUGUGGCCAGUGUGGCCUCCUCCCUGGCUGCCCGUGGCCCUGACUCAGGCAUCCAGCAGGAUGCAGACGGACUGAGCGACACAUCCUGUGAGCCACCAGCCCCUGACACCUGGUAUAAGGGCCGAAAGGCAGGGUUGCUGCUGCCAGGUGCGGGAGCCACUCUGUACCGAGAUGAGGGCCCCCCAGCCACUGCCACGGCCUUCCUGGGAGGCUGUGGCCUGAGCCCUGCACCCACUGGGGACUAUGGCUUCCCAGCAGAUGGCAAGCCAUGUGUGGCAGGCGCACUGACAGCCAUUGUGGCUGGCGAGGAGGAGCUCCGUGGCAGCUAUAACUGGGACUACCUGCUGAGCUGGUGCCCUCAGUUCCAGCCACUGGCCAGUGUCUUCACAGAGAUCGCUAGGCUCAAGGAUGAAGCUCGGCCGUGUCCCCCUGCUCCCCGUAUUGACCCACCACCCCUCAUCACUGCUGUGGCCCACCCAGGAGCCAAGUCUGUGCCCCCCAAGCCAGCAAGCACAGCUGCAGCCCGGGCCAUCUUUCCACCGGCCUCUCACCGCUCCCCUAUCAGCCAUGAAGGCUCCCUGUCUUCAGCUGCCAUGUCCCCCAGCUUCUCGCCCUCACUGUCUCCUCUGGCUGCUCGCUCACCUGUUGUCUCACCAUUUGGGGUGGCCCAAGGCCCCUCAGCCUCGGCACUAAGUGCAGAGUCUGGCCUGGAGCCUCCUGAUGACACAGAGCUGCACAUCUAGCUGUGGCCCAGGCUGGGCCCCGACCUGGGAUGCGCACAGUGUCCCCAAUGCAGGUCCCAUUCUGAGCCUGCCCUGGGCAGCCUCGGACCA